AUGGAUUCACAACGUUGUCAUCAUUGCGGUUCCAUAGGACACAAAAAAUUUGAUUGUACCGAGAGAUGUCGUGUUGGGUGCAAGUGGUGUGAUUCUCCUCCAACUCGCAGACCACCUGCUGUUUCAAAAAUUAGUUUGGAUAAUCAACAGAGACAAAAUGGUUUAAAUUCUCAACGAAAUCUUGGAACGUUAUCAGAAAGUGGGCAUCGUUAUAACUUGGUUCUUGUCGCUGCAUUAGCCUUGAGCGGUAGUGGUGGACAAGCCAAUUGUGUACAAAUAGGCCAAAGUGUGCCUCAAAUAGGUCCUGCUGGUAUACCACUCGGUCCGACAAACGUGCAAUUAGGUACUAGUGGUUUAUCACAUGGUCAAAAUGCUCUCCAAAUGAAUGGAACGAAUGUUCCAUUGGGUAGACCCCAGAAUGUCGGUCCUCUUCUACCGUCGAUUUUAAAUCCUUCAUUAAGGCCUUUAGCACCGCAACCUUUAGGACCUGGAUGGCCUCUAAUACAACAGCAAGCACAGCAACCAUCGCUUUUUGCGCCACAUCAAGUUUCUUCACAACAAACUUUUUUUUUCCAGCAACCUACUACAAAUAUGAAUUUCGUACAAAAUACUCAACCUGUUUCUCAAUUUCCACAAUCACAAGUUCAACUUAUAAAUUCUGAUAAUUCAUCGAUCCAAACAAUGCCUACAGUUUCACUUUCUCAACAAUUUGUUCCUAACAACUGGAAUAAUUUAAAUAAUUUGUCUAUACAGCAAUCUCCACAACCUUCUUGUUUAGAUACUAAGUUUUCCCAUGAUAAUUCACGUACUGAGAAACAAAGCAAUAAAGAUUCUACUGAUAGAGAAUCAAGGGAUCUUGGAGACACGUCUGCUGAGAUAAAUAAUAAAUUGCAGAGAUUGAAAAAUCAAAUAGAACUUGGCAUUCACUCAAAAGUUAGACCUCCAAAAUGGGUUAGCGCUUCAAUUGAUCAAUUACCAUUUAAUAAUUUAGUACAGAAUAAUAAGCAAAGCUCUAAUAUAAGUAAUGGCAAAGAUUUGGUAAAAAAUUUAAAUGGGGAUCGUAAUAUAGUGAUCACUAGAGAAAAUGGUCAACUAGAUCAUUUCGUGGAAGUUAAAAUGGAAGAUACUGGAAUAAUGCCAAAUUUGAAAAGUCCCAUGCUGAAUGAUAUAUCUAUGCCCUCAAAUAUAAUGUCUGCUGAAACGUCUCCUGAUCAUAUAUUUAGAGCACGAAGAGAUAAGUCUCCAAAUAGACCUUUAAAAGAUGUUUCCAUGCGUGAGAGAGCGAAUUCUCAUCCUUUAACUUCUUCAAUUGGAAAUGAGUCUCAAAAGUUCGAAAGGGAUCGUGUUAUUGCACCUUUUCAACGUAAUAAAAGUAGGUCUCUUAGCCCUAUACGAGAUGCCCGUGAAUAUGUUCGUGAUUAUCGCGAAUAUACUAGGUCAACUUCUCCUGGCAAAUAUUAUGUUCGUUCUGCAUCAAGUUAUGAUGAUCGUUAUCAUUCUCGGCAUCCUGGACAUGAAUAUCGUGAUAAAUAUUACAUACGUCCUUCGGGAACUGAUUAUUCUGAAAAAUACUAUCCCCGUUCAAUGUCUUUAGCUCCAUAUGAUGAAUAUUAUUCUAGAUAUAGUAGCGAUAAGCACGAAGAUAGAGGGCAUUCAUAUAGAGAUUAUGAUCGUGAGCAAAUUUUAGUUCGACCACGAUCUCGAUCACCUUCAGUGUAUCAUCAGAGAACUCCUUAUGAUGAUUAUUCACGGAGAAUAAAUAGUACUAAUGGAUGGUACGGUGAUGACCCAUAUAAUAGAGAUUAUCAAGUCCGAUCUGGUGCGUAUUACGAUUUAGUUCGAGAUGAGCGUUAUGAGCAUCGUGAUCGUGCGUACAGUGCUCGCCCUGAAGGCGAAAGAGGUUAUGGGGAAAGAGAGUACGUAAGGCCUACGGAUUAUGAAUAUCCGUCACGUAGGCGACCCGUGGAUCGCUGGUGA